AUGGCAACCGAAGCUACUGCACGCAAGUUCUUCACUGCGCCGUCCUUCGCCGUGGUCGGCGCCAGCUCCAACCCGGCCAAAUUUGGCCACAAAGUGCACGCAUGGUACCUGGACCGCGACCUGCAGGUUACUCCCAUCAACCCUGCCUCGCCGACCGUGACCGUCAAUGGCAGCGAGCACGCCACCGUGCCCAAUGUUUCGGCCCUGGCCAACCCCAAGCAGACGGCCGUAUCCAUCAUCACACAUCCUGCCGUAACGAUCGGGGUUCUGAAGGAGGCCAAGACGGCGGGCGUUCCGUCCAUCUGGCUGCAGCCGGGCACAUGGGACGACGAAGUGCUCAAGUUCGCGUUGGCCGAGGGGUCGUUUGAGGCUGUCGUCUACGGAGAGGGUGGUCGCGGUCACGAUGGCUGGUGCGUCUUGGUCGAUGGCGACAAGGCGUUAAAGGCUGCCGGAAAGCUGUAA